AUGGCUGGAAGUCUACUCGUUUCGGAGGAGAAAUCAGUGUCCAAGAGCGUUCAACAAAUGUCCAUGGAAGGUGAUGAACCACCGUCACAAUAUAUUGUAAAUGGAAAUAAGUUUGGAUCUAAAGAUUCUUGUGCACCGAUUCCAAUACCGACCAUUGAUGUAAGUCUCCUCUCAUCAGAAGGUGAGCUAGAGAAGCUCAGAUCUGCUCUAAGUUCAGCUGGAUGCUUCCAGGCAAUUGGUCAUGGAAUGUCAAGUUUAUAUCUUGACAAAAUACGUGAAGUUGCAAAACAAUUUUUUUCACUCCCAGAAGAGGAAAAGCAGAAGUAUGCCAGAGCUGCUAAUGAAUCUGAAGGAUACGGGAAUGAUAGAGUAGUUUCAGACAAGCAGAUCCUUGAUUGGUCCUAUCGCCUUUCACUUCGAGUUUUUCCAGAAAAAACACGAAGGCUUUCUCUUUGGCCAAAAAGUCCUACUGAUUUUAGUGAGAAAUUAGAGGAGUUUUCAACGAAAGUGAAAUCAAUGAUGGAAUAUCUAUUGAGAUGCAUGGCAAGGUCACUAAAUUUGGAAGAGGAUAGUUUCCUGGACCAGUUUGGUGAAGGAUCAUUGAUGUUAGCGAGGUUCAACUUCUAUCCACGUUGUUCUAGGCCUGAUUUGGUUCUUGGUGUCAAACCUCACACGGAUAGAUCAGGAAUCACAGUCCUAUUGCAAGAUAAAGAAGUGGAAGGUCUUCAAGUUCUGAUAGAUGACAAUUGGGUCAAUGUCCCCACAAUACCUGAUGCUUUUGUCGUCAAUCUGGGCGAUCAAAUGCAGAUCAUGAGUAAUGGGAUAUUCAAGAGCAUAAUGCAUAGGGUUGUGACAAACACAGAAAAGAUGAGGAUGUCUUUGGCAAUGUUUAAUGAGCCCGAUCCAGAGAAAGAGAUUGGACCUGUAGAAGGUCUAAUAGAUGAGUCACGACCAAGGUUAUACAGAAACGUUAAAUCUUAUGGUGUUAUCAAUUACAAAUGUUAUCAAGAGGGAAAGAUUGCACUUGAGACUGUAAAAAUUGCAGAUAACUCUAAUAUGAGAUGA